GGAGGGGACAACCCCGCGGGGCCAUCCCAUUUUCGCCAGAAUGGCAGAGUAAAGUGAACCCCUUCUACAAAUAUUUAUAUAACCCCCAUCCCCCCCCUCCCGCAUUACCAUUAGCCGGACAUACCCGCGUGCUACCCACCUAUUUAUCCACCUACCCAUCCAGUAUUUCCUCUUCACAUCACGUUACGCCUCCUGAUCUCCUGUCACUUUCAUCGCUGUCUGAGCAUUUCCUCCUCUUCCUUUUCCUCUUCCUCCCCCCUCCGCCUCCUCCCCCUUCCUCCUUCUUCCCCUCCUUUACUUCUCUUUCUUCACAACCCCGUUUAGUAAUCAUGUUUGGACCUGGAAAGAAGGGUAGGGAAAUGGGCGGAUGGAUGGAAAGGAAGCAUUCUUCCUGCCUUACCUUCAUCUCUUCCCCCUCCCCUCCAUACGAUCGUCUGUUGUUAUCGGAGCCAAAGAGCAUCAUAAGCCCAGGAAUACGUCAGAGCCAGUUGAGAUACCAGAAGAAAACCCCUUCCCUACCCUUCCCUCCCACAUCUUCGCAGCCACCUACCAUCCUACGAGGGUCUGUUUCCGGAUGCACCACCCGUCUUCAUCGAUCCGAAAACUGCGCGUAA